GCAGAAGCACAAAUCUCAGCAAAACCGGAAGCACCUACUGAUGCUGCAGCUACAGCGAAAGAAGCACAGACUGAAGCUGCAGGCAAAGCUACCGAAACCGCUACGCCAGCAGAAGGAAAGCAAGAAUCAACAGUCUCUACAGAAAGCGCUAGCGCAGGAGAAAGCGGAGCAACCGAAGCACCGAAGAGUGAAGUCUCAGCAGAAAGCGUAGCUAAAACGGGAGAACCAGAAGAAGCGAAGGAACAAGCUACAACUGCAGCAGCUGAAGGAGAAAAAACAGAAGAAGCUUCUAAGCCGGCAGCAGAUGCAGCUACAACAUCUGCAUCGUCCGGAGAAAAAGAAGCCACAGCGGCAGAAGGAGCAUCAGUAUCAGCCGACGCCACGACGAAGAAACCGGAAGCACCAGCAUCGGAGCUCAACAUAGAUGCGGUUCCAGCAGUCGCGAUUUCGGACAAAGAACAGGUGACCGACAAAGAGGGACUGACUACUACCACAGGAACAACGCUUAUUGGACACGAAUUUGUUCCUAAUGGUACAGUGCCAAGUGUUGAAGAAUGCGCAAAACGUUGCUACACGGAAGGAUGCGCUGGUGCAAAGUUUGAUCCAGCUACUCACGAAUGUUCUUUAGCAUAUGAGGAUCAUCAGUACUGCGACGGCAAUGAAGAGGAGCAUCGUUCAGUGGAAGCUACGGAAACACUCUGGAUUCACUGUAUCAGUUGCAGACAAGAGCUCAAGGAAAGCACACUGGGUUUGUUUGUUGAAGACACAACUGUUCCAACAGGUGCGUCUGAAAAAGCUAGCAAUGAUGAAGGUUCAAAAACAGGGAGAGCACCAGAGAGAUCUGGCGACGAAAAUACACCAGCACCGAAAGCCAUUGAUACAGAAGAGAAAUUUUUGUCAACGAUUAAUCAGGAUGCAACUCUGGAGUCUACCAAAGAAACUGGAUCCGCAAUUACAUUGCGAGCAAAUGGCAAAGCCUCAGGUAGCGAACUGAAAACAGCUGAUGGAGUUGCAGCUGACUUUUUGUCCAGCACACCAGAAUCUCCAGGAGCCGCUGGCAGUAUUGCUGACAAAACUGAGCCAGUGGCGGUGACAUUAGAGACAAAGCUUGACAGCGUUGCCGAUGAGUCAACUCGGCUUCCGGCAAGCGUUUCGGAAAUAAAAGGCGAUGAAUCGGUAGCACCCGGUGACAUGCAACUUGAUACCACACCGAUUGUUGUGGUACUGGAGGCGCAUGGUAGUGUUACGUCGGCACCGGAAGCAGCGAAAUCGGAUGAACAGACUACCAAGAUUCCGAGCGAUACGGAGUUGGUGACGAAUCGAAUUAUUGAAGGCGAGAAAGCAGUCGCUGAUAUAAAUAUGGUGACCAAAGAUGGCGGCGAGGCUGGAAUUGUGGAAAAAGUUGCAGAAACUCUCAGCGCGGACGAGCUGGCAACUACGGUUCGACCUGAACUACUGAUUUCUUUGACCGCAAAUACGCCACUUCACGUUCCUAUCGACAGUUCCGAAAUUGCUAGUGUCGCGGUGCCGGAUUCCAGAACCAGUACCGUUGCACCCGGAGAAGUUGUUCAACUGUCAACAGCUGAAUCACCGGUGAAGAAAACUGAAGUUGGCGAUCAGAAGCAGGAAAGUGAUCUGUCCGGCGCUGAUACUGGCUUCCAACACGAAUCUCAAUCGACAAAUGCUGUUGCUCCAGAGAUCAUUGGUAAAGUGACGGUGCAUCCAGAAAGUGCAGAAAGCGGUAAUAAAUUAGGUGCAAGCGAUAUCGCAGCUGCGGUAGCAAGUGCAGUUGCAAGUGGUUUUACAACAGCCACAACUGGUCUGCCACACGAAGAAAGUAAAACAUCGAAUGUCGUCGAAGCGAUUACUGUAGAAUCUCAUCUCAUAACAUCUGCAACUGAGCCAGAAUCGCACACGGAAAUAACAUCAUCAGAUAAUCCAGAAGAAGCAACUGUAGUACAGUCACAUGCAGAAGUAACAUCAGCGAGCAUUCCAGAAGCAUCAAUGGAAAAAGAAUCUCAAGUCGGAGUUUCAUCAUCAGGCGUACUGGAAGCAUCAACCGAAGCACAGUCCCACACCGAAGUAACAUCGUCAAUCCUUCCAGGAACAGGAAUCGUAGUAGAAUCCCACACGGCAAUAACUUCAUCAAAUAUUCCAGUGGGAGCAACCGUGGAAUCUGGUGCUGAAGUCACGCCAUCAAGUAGUCCCCAAGCUAUUACUGUAGAAGAAACACAUGCGGAAGUGACAUCAGGCGAAGAAGCAGUUAUUGCUGGAGCAUCAGAAACUGGUGUAACUUCUAGCAAGGUUGCAGAAACAAGCAAAACUGAAACGCAUGAAAUCACCGGGAAUGUGGUCGAAGCAAGUACAGCAGAAAGCCGAGAAAGUAUAGAAGGGGCAACCAAAAUUCCAGAAGCCGACGGUGUCGGUGGAACUUUGUUCGCUGAGAAUGCAGUAACAGAUGGAUCAGUAGUAGCGCAGGCACAUGUCGAUGAUAACGUCAAAAAGGUGAUCCAGGCAGCUUCGGAAAGUGGCGUUGCGGUAACCGAUACUUCGCCAGUGAUUGGCGAUGCAUCAGUAGCAGCUGUGACAAGCGGCGCAGUACACGAGGCAGCCGUAACAUCUGAUACUAGUGGUGAAACUGCGACAACCGAACCACCAGUUCAAGCAGUUUCCGAUUUGGUCAACAUUUUGAGUCACAAUUCGAAAAUUGAAGAUGUGAUUCGGCGUACUUCACAGUCACCUUAUGAGAAGGGAAAAGAAAAAGAAUCAUUCGUUGUUGAUGAUGCAUCGGUGAUAAAAGACAGUGACGCUCGGCGACCGACCAGUGUUGCUCACAUUCGAGAGGCUCUGACUGGAACGCCUAGCCGUAGUGGUGUUAAAAUGACUUCUUUCCAAGGAACGGCAACUGGUUGCCCGGGUCGCAUUGAAUUUGAAGUAUCGUCAAUUGGUGAAUUACCGCCGCUAAAUAUUUCCAGUGAAGCUACCGCUGAAACGCCAGCUGAUUGCGCUCGAAAAUGCUACGAAGACGCGGAUUGUGUUCUCGCAGGAUUUGUGCCAAGCCCAAAUGGGCAGUCAACAUGCUUGCUCACAUCAGAUAUUGGUAUCUGUUCACCAGAAGACAAACCAGUGCCACAACAUACAGCCAAUGCACCGUUUAUCAUUAGCUGUUUGAAAUGUUCCAGUAAGUUUAAAUGCAACUAUACGCUUAGCGAAGUGGUCGAAUUGACCAGGUUACAUGAAGUGGACGCAAUCGAGCCAGUACUUUCAAUUAGUCAGUGUGCUGAAGCAUGCUCGCGUCGUAACUGUGCCGUCGCACAUUACGAUCAUAAAUCCAAUCUUUGCUCACUGUCAUCCGAAAAGAAAUUCGGGGAGUGUUCGGAAGAGAAGCCACUAGCAGUGGAUGGUGAUGAACCGGUACUUUUGGAGUGUGUUCGAUGUUUUGCAUAA